GGAGGGAAAAGAGGGGUCUCUAUGUGGGCCUGUAUGUGGACUCUAUGGAGAGAUUAAGGAUGUGUAUGUGAGCACGUUGAUGAAAGUGUGUUUUUCUACUGUGUUUACUCCACUGGGGCCCGCUGCCUACCUGACAGUGGAGCAGGAGGUGAGAGGAAGAGUCAGGCCGAAAGGAGGAUUUAGAUUUUGGGCUGGUUUGCAAACUUUACCUUCUAUUUUUAUGUUUUUGUGAUCUUUCCUGUGGUAGCAUUGAUCUCAGUAUACUAAAUUCAAGUCUGAGGCUUUAGAAUUUCACAAAAAACGCAAAGCAGGAAGGAUGAGAGAUGGAGGAGAGAAAAGUGGCAGAAAAUGUCACAAACUGAACUGAGCUGAACUUGAAUUGGCUCGUACGCUCCAGGUUAUACAGAAAAAAACGCCCGCUUAUGCAAAAAUGCGCGCACACAUCCCGACGCGCGGGGCGGCGGGAACACUGUAGGCUGUGUACGGCGGCUCUCCUUCACUUCCGCACCAUAAAUGUGUGUUUGCUAUACGAGGGAACUCGGGGGAGAAAAGAGGAAUUCAUGUUGGUGUUUAUUUGAGCUUUGGCCAAAUCCAACCUGGGGCGGCUGCGUUGGCGCGCGCUCACUCUGCACCAAACCCCAGCCGCUCCUGUACCCCCAGCCAGACACACACACAUACUGUACACACUCAGGUACUGGAGUGCACACACAAAUUUUACUAUUCACACACACACACCUACCUGUCCAUCCUAGCCAUAUCAAGGUGUGUUUGUCUUUCCAUGCCCACCAUUUUAGGUCCUCCCCAAGCAGGUAUUUCCCUCUCUUUCCCACAGACACGCACACAUUUUCACACACACACACUGCUACAGAGGGGGCCUGUCUGUGGGCAGACUCAUGUGAAGCACUUGCAUUGAUAACCUGCAGCUCAGAGUCACUCAGUCUCACUUUGUGGCCGUCCCCCUCGCCUGGAACUCCCUUCGCCCUGCUCUGUCUCCUUUCUGGCUUCUAGCUCCAGGACUGUCUGCGGACACACUCGGACCCCUGCGUUCACUCGUCACCCCUUCUGUCGCUGUCGCCAUGUCGCCUACCCCACCGUUGUUCCUGCUGCUGCUCGGCCUCAUCGGGGCUCAAGCCACCACUGCUGUGGACCUCCGCACUGCCGCUGCCAUGGCGGCAGGUUUGUGCAAAACUCGUCCCACAGACAUCGUGUUCAUCAUCGACAGCAGCCGUAGCGUUCGCCCUUCUGAGUUCGAGCAGGUUAAGGUCUUCCUGGCGAAGGUCAUUGAGGGGCUGGAUGUUGGACCCAACGCCACUCGUGUCGGAGUUGUCAACUAUGCCAGCCGCGUCAAGAAUGAGGUGUCUUUGAAGACACACAAGACCAAAGCCGGACUGAUUAAGGCCGUGACCAAGAUUGAGCCCCUGUCCACUGGAACCAUGACUGGUCUGUCUAUCCAGUUUGCCCUGAACGUGGCCUUCAGUGAAGCCGAGGGCGCUCGCGUCAAAUCUCCUGACAUCAGCAAGGUUGCCAUUAUCGUGACAGACGGGCGUCCCCAGGACAAUGUGAAGGAUGUGGCCCAGCGUGCUCGGGAUGCUGGCAUUGAGAUUUUUGCCAUCGGUGUGGGACGUGUUGACAUGAGCACCCUGAAGCAGAUGGCCAGCGAACCUCUGGACGACCACGUGGACUACGUGGAGAGCUACAGCGUCAUCGAGAAGCUCACCAAGAAGUUCCAGGAGGCCUUCUGUGUGUCGGACCUGUGCGCCACUGGGGAUCAUGACUGCGAGCAGGUAUGCAUCAGCAGCCCCGGAUCAUACAAGUGUGCCUGCAAAGAUGGCUUUACCCUCAUGGAUGAUGGUCGCAGCUGCAGUGCUUGCAGCAACUCUGCGACAGAUGUGGUGUUUCUGAUCGAUGGCUCUAAGAGCGUCCGUCCUGAGAACUUUGAGCUGGUCAAGAAGUGGAUCAACCAGAUCAUCGACAAACUGGACGUUUCUGACAGCAAGGCUCAUGUUGGACUGGUGCAGUACUCCAGCUCAGUCAGACAGGAGUUCCCCCUGGGCCGCUACAACAACAAGAAAGACCUGAAGGAUGCUGUGAAGAAGAUGGCCUACAUGGAGAGGGGAACCAUGACAGGCCAGGCUCUCCGCCAUCUGAUAGACAACAGCUUCAGCGCCGGUCAGGGGGCCCGGCCCGGAGUCACGAAGGUGGGCAUUGUCUUCACCGACGGACGCAGUCAGGACUACAUCGGAGAUGCUGCCAAGAAGGCCAAGGAGCAGGGUUUCAAGAUGUAUGCUGUUGGAGUUGGCAACGCAGUGGAGGACGAGCUGAAAGAGAUCGCCUCUGAGCCGACUGGAGAGCACUACUUCUACACAGCCGACUUCAAGACUAUGACCCAGAUCGCCAAGAAGUUGCAGAUUAACAUCUGUCAAGAGGAGGACCCAUGCGAAUGCGACUCCCUUGUAAAGUUCCAAAAGAAAGUAGAAGAUGCCCUUCAGGCACUAACGAAAAAAUUAGAGAGUAUGUCGAAGAGGAUCGCUCUGCUGGAGAACAAAAUUGUCUGAGGACUCGCAUCUAACUCUUCCUCAAUCAUCUGCACACACACACCCACGUACACACACAACCACACACACAAACAGUCUUAACUUCCUAUAAAAUGCUGGAGAGGAGCCUGUGUGUGUGUGAACCCUGACCUCUGCUUGUCUUCUGAGCUCCCCCAAACCACCUCUGCCCCCUCCUCUCUCCGUCUUACCUCUUCCACCCUUGGGUCUCCUGGGACACGAAGCGCCGGUUGCCAUGGGGACCAUGCCUUUGUGUGUGUGUACGUGUGCUCCGAAGGUUAUCCUCCAUAGCCAGCCUGUGUGUUUGUUAAUAAAAGUCUUCCCUCAUAGGGAAACGGUAUAUUGAAGGGUUUUUCUUUGUUGCUGCCACAAUGUUGAAUUUCCCCAAACCCCCAUCGAAUCUGCCUUGUCAUGUCAAACGGAGCAGCACAUCACCCCCACUUGUCUGUCUGAUUAUAUCUGUCACUGUCAUCUUUCCCUCUCUCUCCUCUCACAUAUGAAGACUUCAUCUUUCCUCUCUUACCUCCACACAAAGGUAUCUGAUAUUAUAUAUGGUAUAUAUAUAUAUAUAUAUAUAAAUACAGGUUAUUUAAUAUAAGAUAUGUCUGAUAAUAAGGGUAUACCAGUGAUGUCUUUUUUAUUUUCCUAAAUAAAGGUGAUUCAGGAAGUACUUAAUAUAAACUGUGAAACAAGUGUAUGCCAAAUUAACCUUAGAGACACAAAUGCAUGCAUGGACACAAAGAAUUUCUUACUUAUACACCAUUUAUGUUGAUGAUUAAAUAUAAUUAAGUAUAUAAAUUACCCAGAAUAUUCCCCUGGUGUUUGGCUCCACAGUGUGGGCUGCGAGGAUCACAAGGACACAGUCAGGCGUGCCCAGCAAAAUGGUUUUUCUCAACAGCAUUCCUUGUAAGGGCAACUUCAUCAUAACUUCAUCUGCAUUCAUUUUUUGAAAUACAAAAAUGUGGAUCUAAAUUCUAGUGGGGAUUUGUGGGGUUGGCUGUCCAGAAAGAAUUGCAGAAAAUGACAUUGAUUACUUAUUCGACUGAAACAGAAUGAUCAAGGUAGUCCUUACGUUUGUAUUUAUUUUUUUCAACUAGCAUUAACAUAACAUUUGCUGUUACAUAUUAUAAAAUGGAGAUGGAGCAAGGAAGGACAUUGCCUCAGGCAGUGGUGAGAAUGAUGCGUGUUUUAUUGACAUUGUAUAGUUUGUGUAAUUGGUUAAUAAAUGGGUUCAAGUAAUAAACGCAGUGGUGGAAAGAGUAACUAAGAAUGUGUGCUCAAGUAUGAGUAAAGUUAUAUACUAACUGCAAGUAAAACUACUGGUAUUAAAAAUGACGCUUAAGUAAAAUCAAUUAUCAAAUUAUGAUUAUAAAAAUAACUAAGCAGAUUACAUGGUGUAAUGCAUAUGAGUAGGAGUAAAGUUACAGACUUAGAUUAGUUAUCUAAACCAGAAUAUUUAAAUUAAAUAUCACAAACAUACAGGUAUUUACAGCCAGUA